CAGACCUCCUGGGAGCAGGCUGCAUUCUGGCUGCUCCUGGCAUCAGGUGCAGCUGCAGGUGACCUCUGUGCUGCACGAAUGACCGCGAGGGACUGGGCCACGUGGCUGCCCCCAGCCCUGCUCCUCCUGCACGUCCCAGGCGGUUUCUCUCUGAGCUGCCCCUACAGCGUGACGGGCACCGUGGGGGGGUCCCUGAGCGUGCAGUGUCAGUAUGAGAAGGAGUUCAGGACUGGAAACAAAAUCUGGAGCACCUACAGGGACGACAUUGUGGCGACUGGAUGGUCAGAGAGAGAAGUGAGGAAUGGCCGGGUGUCCAUCAAGGACUACCCUGAAAGCCUGACCUUCAGAGUGACCUUGGACAACCUCACGAUGGAGGACAGUGGCAAUUACUGGUGUGGGAUCCAAAGUCGUCCCAUCGACGGAAGUCACCAGGCUUGCCAGGUCAAGGUGUCGGUGUUCCCAGACGAUUCUUCCUUAAAGAGCCCUGCCCUUGCUUCAUGGGAGCCAAACCAAGGGGACCCAAGUAGACGAAUCUUCCCUGUGUUUUCUUCUGCCUUUCUCCUGAGUCGCAGUGAGUUUCGAGUUUCGUCUUCUCGGUUUUCAUUUCCCUGCCAUGCCCCGUGUGGGUGCUCGUCUCUGAGGGAGGAAGUGAACCCCGGCAAGCCUCUCUGCCCAGCUGGCCUCACCACGGCCCCUCUCCCAGGGCCCACCAGGCGCGGCUCUCCAGAUCUUUCUUCCCGGUCACACCCCCCAGAGCACAGUCCAGUGGUCUGCUUGGAGCCAUGGCCCGGCUCCUCCACAGCCUCGACCGCAGCCCCCAGCCCCGACAGCGUCACCGGCACCGAGGGUCCUCCCACGUUCCUGCCAGCAGGCACCCGGCCCAGCUCCUCCGGGCAGGACAGCCCCGAUCCCAGCCCACACCCUCGGUGCCUGCUGGACAGAUCCUACUUCCUGCUCCUGGUGCUCCUGAAGCUGCCCCUGCUCGUGGGUGCGCUGGGUGCAGUGCUGUGGGUGGGCGGGCCCUGGGGAAGCCUCAGGGCCAGGCAGUGCCGGCCCAGUGAUGAGGCCCAGUAGCCCCGAUGCCCGUCAAUGCCCUGCCAAGCCACACAGCCCCUCUUGUUUAUGGGAACGACCUUCUGACCAAUAAAUCCAUGCUUUUAUCAGAACACUCUGUAAA